AGUCCUGUUACAGGAGGCGGGGAAACUAUCUUCUGCAGAGGCUGAGCUUAGAGUCCCGCAGUAGCACAACCUGGAACUGGUACCAUGGAUGCCCUGGUACGACUCCUGCAGCUGCUUGUGCUGCUCCUAACGCUGCCCCUGCACCUGCUGGCUCUGCUGGGCUUAUGGCAGCCCCUAUGCAAAAAGUACUUCCCCUACCUAAUGGCUGAGCUGGCUGUCAGGACCAACCGCUUGAUGGAAAGCAAGAAACGGGAACUCUUCAGCCAGAUAAAGGGGUUGAAGGGAACCUCUGGGGUGGUGACCCUGCUAGAGCUAGGCUGUGGCACUGGUGCCAACUUCCAGUUCUACCCACCUGGCUGCAAGAUCACCUGCCUGGACCCAAACCCUAACUUUGAGAAGUUCCUGGCAAAGAGCAUGGCUGAGAACAGGCAUCUUCAAUACGAGCAGUUCAUGGUGGCUCCCGGAGAGCACAUGAAACAAGUGGCAGAUGGCUCCAUGGACGUGGUAGUCUGCACUCUGGUGCUGUGCUCUGUGCAGAGCACAAAGAAAGUCCUGCAGGAAGUCUACAGAGUGCUGAGGCCGGGAGGAGUGUUGUUCUUCUUGGAGCACGUGGCCGAACCCGAAGGAAGCAAGGCCUUUAUGUGGCAGCAAGUUUUUGAGCCCACCUGGAAACAUAUCGGGGAUGGCUGCUACCUCACCAGACAGACCUGGAAGGAUCUUAAGAAGGCCCAUUUCUCUGAAGUCCAAAUGGAAUGGCUACCCCCUCCCCUCAAAUGGCUACCUGUUGGCCCCCACAUCAUGGGAAAGGCUGUGAAAUAAUCUUCAUGGCCCCGAGGCAGUCACUGACUUCCUCCCCGGCCUCUAAUCAGAACAAGUCACCCACCACCUGGUCUGUCUCCUCCUGAGAGGGAUCAAGCAAA